CGCGGUGCCGGUGUAGUGUGCGGAGUGCUCCCAGGGCAGGAGACGGGCCCAGCGUCACGGGCUGGGCUGGGCUGGGCUGGGGUUCGGUGAGGGUAGGGACAGAGCGCACUGCUCUCCGGACCCACUGCAGCCGAAGCUACGGGAGCGGCGGCGGGAGGCAUGGAAAUGCAUGCAUGUCUCCUUUCACAGCAGCGUGAGGAAAGCGCAGGAUACUGACGAAGUGUUUGCUCACUAGAAUUCUUGUGUAAGCACCUCGCCGCCACGAGGAGGCCGCUGACAGUUAAGCUAGCUGCUGCACUGAUGGCUCCAGAGUGACGUGCCAUGGCUUUAAUGAUCCCUCCAGUGAAGCUCAAGUGGCUGGAGCACCUAAACAGCUCAUGGAUCACGGAGGACAGCGAGUCAAUUGCUACACGGGAUGGAGUUUCCGUGCUUUACUCAAAGCUUCUGGCCAACAAGGAGGCUGUGCUGUUGCCCCAGCAGGUCCUAUGUCUAAAAGGACCCCAGCUUCCAGACUUUGAGCGUGAAUCCCUCUCCAGCGAUGAGCAGGAGCACUACCUUGAUGCACUACUCGGCAGCCAGUUGGCCUUGGCCAAGAUGGUCUGCUCUGACUCUCCCUUUGCUGCUGCCCUGCGCAAACGUGUGCUGGUGCUCCAGCGCAUCUUCUACGCUCUUUCCAACAAGUACCAUGACAAAGGAAAGGUCAAGCAGCAGCAGCACUCUCCAGAGAACAACUCUGGCUCAGCUGAUCUGCAUUCUGUCAGCGAGCGAGCACGCUCCAGCACUGAUGCUCUCAUUGAGAUGGGUGUUCGCACAGGCCUCAGCCUUCUCUUUGCUCUGCUGCGCCAGAGCUGGAUGAUGCCUCCUCCACCCAACUCGGUCGGAGUUCCUGGAGGCAACAUAAACUUGUGUAAUGAUGUAAUUCACACAGCCAUUGAUGUUGUUAGCUCCCUGCCACCACUGUCUUUGGCGAACGAGAGCAAGAUCCCACCAAUGGGCUUGGACUGCCUUGCACAGGUCACUACUUUUCUAAAGGGGAUUACUAUGCCAAAUUCUGGGGCGGAUAUUUUAGGAAGGCGGCUCGCCUCAGAGCUACUGCUAGGACUGGCUUCUCAGAGGGGUUCCCUACGCUACUUACUAGAGUGGAUUGAGAUGGCCUUGGCAGCAUCCGCUCUUGUCAGUGCUAUGGAGAAGAAUAAGGUGCUGCAGAGUCAAGAGGGCCUCAUCGGAUAUGACUGUUUCAUGAACAUUCUCAUGCAGAUGAGACGUUCUUUGGGCUCCUCAGCAGAUCGCAGCCAGUGGCGGGAGCCCACACGAACAUCUGAGGGCCUGUGCUCACUAUAUGAAGCAGCGCUCUGUCUCUUUGAAGAAGUAUGUCGAAUGGCGUCCGACUAUUCCCGCACCUGUGUGAGUCCAGACAGCAUACAGACCGGCGAGGCACCUGUGGUGUCUGAAACAUGUGAGGUGUAUGUGUGGGGCAGUAAUAGCAGCCACCAGCUAGUAGAAGGCACACAGGAGAAGAUCCUGCAGCCUAAGCUGGCUGCCAGCUUCUCUGAUGCACAAACAAUUGAGGCUGGCCAGUACUGCACUUUUGUGAUCUCUUCAGAUGGCUCUGUACGAGCCUGUGGAAAGGGAAGCUAUGGCCGCUUAGGCCUUGGGGACUCCAACAACCAAUCCACGCUUAAGAAGCUGACCUUUGAACCCCACCGUGCCAUCAAAAAGGUGUCAUCAUCCAAGGGCUCAGAUGGCCACACUCUGGCUUUUACUACAGAGGGUGAGGUGUUCAGCUGGGGUGACGGUGAUUAUGGCAAACUGGGUCACGGGAACAGCUCAACACAGAAAUACCCUAAACUUAUCCAGGGGCCACUGCAGGGGAAGGUGGUGGUGUGUGUGUCUGCCGGCUACAGACACAGUGCUGCAGUCAGUGAGGAUGGAGAGCUGUACACAUGGGGUGAAGGAGAUUUUGGAAGAUUGGGGCAUGGUGACAGCAACAGUCGAAACAUUCCCACCCUGGUUAAAGACAUCAGCAAUGUGGGAGAGGUGUCAUGUGGCAGCUCUCAUACUAUUGCACUGUCAAAGGAUGGACGCACUGUAUGGUCCUUUGGAGGAGGGGACAAUGGAAAACUGGGUCAUGGUGAUACUAAUCGAGUCUACAAACCCAAAGUAGUGGAAGCCCUUCAAGCAAUGUUCAUCAGAAAAGUCUGUGCAGGAAGCCAGUCGUCUCUCGCCUUAACCUCCACUGGACAGGUAUAUGCCUGGGGCUGUGGAGCUUGUCUGGGGUGUGGUUCAUCUGAGGCUACAGCACUCAGGCCCAAACUCAUUGAGGAGCUGGCUACCACCAGGGUGGUAGACAUCUCUAUAGGGGACAGCCAUUGUCUGGCCUUAUCACACGACAAUGAAGUAUAUGCAUGGGGCAACAACUCAAUGGGCCAGUGUGGUCAGGGAAAUUCAACAGGUCCUAUCACCAAACCCAAGAAGGUGGUUGGCCUGGAUGGAGUUGCUAUUCAGCAGAUCUCAGCUGGGACUUCUCAUAGCCUGGCCUGGACAGCCCUGCCCAGAGACAGACAAGUGGUCGCUUGGCACAGGCCGUACUGCGUUGACCUUGAAGAAAGCACCUUCUCCCACUUGCGCUCCUUCCUUGAGCAUUACUGUGAUGGGAUCAACAGUGAGGUUCCUCCCCUUCCCUUCCCGUCAUCCAGGGAGCAUCAUAACUUCCUUAAGUUGUGCCUUCGGCUUUUGUCCAAUCAUCUCGCCUUGGCCCUGGCGGGAGGCGUAGCCACCAGUAUCUUGGGUCGACAGGCCAGACCCUUGAGAAACCUGCUCUUCAGACUGAUGGACUCAUCUGUACCAGAUGAGAUUCAGGAGGCAGUGAUUGAGACUUUGUCUGUGGGUGCAACCAUGCUGCUUCCUCCACUGAGAGAAAGGAUGGAGCUGCUUCACUCAUUGCUGCCUCAGGGCCCUGACAGAUGGGAGAGUCUCUCCAAAGGACAGAGGAUGCAACUGGACAUAAUCCUGACCAGCCUUCAGGACCACACCCAUGUGGCCUCACUCCUUGGUUAUAGCUCUCCUGCUGAUGGUCCUGAGGUACUCGCCUCUGGUCUGGGCUUCACAACAUCCCCAGAUCCAGCAUAUAGUGCCACAGCAGGACACCCUGAUACGCACCUGGCUGAGAUCCUCAUGAAGAUGCUGCUCAGAAACCUGGGCUUUUAUACUGAUCAGGCUUUUGGUGAGCUGGAGAAAAACAGUGAUAAGCUGCAGCAGGGCACUUCCUCCUCUGAUAGCAGCCAACCAGCUCAUCUGCACCAACUCCUCUGCUCUCUGCAGAAGCAACUGUUGUCUUACUGCCACAUUAACGCUGUAACAGAGAACUCCAGUAGUGUGGCUUUACUCCACAAGCAUCUGCAGCUCCUGCUGCCUCAUGCCACAGAUAUCUACUCUCGUUCAGCCACUUUGAUAAAAGAAAGCUCUUGGAAUGGCAGCAUACAAGAAAAACUACAAGAUGUGAUCUACGUAUCGGCAGCAGGGAGCAUGCUGUGUCAGAUCAUCAACUCUCUGCUGCUGCUCCCGGUGUCAGUGGCGAGGCCUGUACUGAGCCACCUGCUGGACCUCCUUCCUCCUCUGGACCGCCUUAACAGACUGCUGCCUGCCGCCACCCCUUUGGAGGACCAGGAGCUGCAGUGGCCUCUUCACGGCACGUCUGACUUUGCUGAGCCAGCCUCGGGGAUGUCCUUGCCCCAGCCAGCGCUCUCCUGGGUGUGGCUUGUGGACCUGGAGCGGACAGUUGCCCUGCUUGUAGGCCGAUGCCUUGGUGGGAUGCUGCAGGGUGCUCCUACCUCUCUGGAGGAACAGGAUACUGCCUACUGGCUCAAGACUCCCCUUUUCAGCAAUGGGUUGGAAAUGGACAUCCCUCAGCUAGACACCUGCAUAAGCUCAUUGUUGGAGGCAGCACUGUCUGGUAAUGAAGAACAAAAGCCUUUUGACUGCACGCUACGUCCUGACUUGAUUGUAUUGGUGGAUUUGUCUUUGGGUUCCUCUAAAGAACCUGCCAACAGCAUUUGGAUCAACAUGCAGGACUACGCCAUCAGCAAGGACUGGGACAAUGCGUCUCUCAGUAACGAGUCCCUGUUGGACACAGUCUCCCGGUUUGUGUUGGCAGCUUUACUGAAGCACACAGGGCUCCUGGGCCAGGCUUGUGGAGAUGGCAGGUACCAGCCAUCCAAAUCGCUUGCUGAGGUUUAUCGCAGUGUUUACAAGGUUAGAAAUCGUCUGCUUGCCUGUAAAAAUAUAGAUUUCAUCCAGACCCGAUCAUCUUCACGUGAGAGGAGGAUUUCAGACAAUCAGGAUUCUCUGGACAUGGACCCACAGGAGCACUCAUUCACACGCACCAUUGACGAGGAGGCAGAACUGGAAGAGAGAGCUGACCGAGAGAGAGAGCAGGGCCAUCAGGAACAAGACGAUGAAGAGGAGGAUAGGGAGCAUGAAGUAAUGACGGCUGGAAAAAUCUUUCAAUGUUUCCUCUCAGCGCGGGAAGUAGCCCGCAGUCGCGACAGGGAGCGGGCAAGCAGCAGCACAGGCCUGGGUUCUGCCUCUGUGUCCAGAAGUGGCGGAGGAGGUGGCGAGGACGACACUAUAUUGUCUCAGGAAGGAAGAAGGGGGAGUACGGGACUACCAGAGGGCCAGGACCUGUACACGGCAGCCUGCAACUCUGUGAUCCACCGCUGUGCCCUCCUAGUGCUCGGAGUGAGCCCUGUGCUUGGUGAGCUGACCAAGCAGAACCAGGAGGAGGGCCAGGCCCAGUCCGCUACUGGGACACAGGAGUGUCUGAGCUUCAUGACCAGAAGUGAGAGUCUGAGUGCAGAAAGCCGCUCAGUGCACAGCAGCCCGAGUUACAGACUGAUGAAGUCCAGAAGCGAGUCAGACCUGUCACAGCCCGAGUCAGAUGAAGAGGGCUACUCUCUGAGUGGAAGGAGGAACAUGGACCUUGACCUGGCGUUCUCGCAUAAAAAGAAAGUUUAUUUGCUUCUUUUGGGGCACUUGAGCCCCAAGCACAACAGGAGCUCCAAACAAGUAAACGAUGGAGGCUUGCUUCACAGUUCGCCAGACUCUCUGGCUGAGUCGUGGUUCAGGGCCAAACUAAGUCGUCAGAGGAGCUACAGCUCAGCACAUUCCUACGAUGAGUCGGACCUGGACCUGAGCCGCUCACUGGGCAUCCAUGCACUCAUUGACAACAUGGUCAGUUUUAUUAGUGGUGAUGUGGGCUUGGCUCCAGCCUUUAAGGAACCAGAAGAAAGUAUGUCCACCAGCCCACAGGCCACUAUCCUGGCUAUGGAACAGCAGCAGAGCAGGGCAGAGCUGCGACUGGAGGCUCUGCACCAGAUAGUGGUGUUGAUCUCUAGUAUGGAAGAGAAGGGCAGCCAACCUGGGAAUGCAGAACGUUCCAGCAGUGCCUUCCAGUCCUCCUCCCUGCUCACCUCUGUCAGGUUGCAGUUCUUGGCUGGUUGUUUUGGCCUGGGCACCGUGGGCACGGCGGGGCUGAAGAGGGAGAGUGUGCAGCUUCAUCACUACCAGGAUGGUAUAAAAGCAGCUAAAAGGAGCCUCCAGCUGGAAAUCCAGUCAGCAGUCCAUAAGAUCUACCAACAGCUGUCUGUCACACUGGACAGAGCACUGCAGGCAAACAAGCACCACAUAGAAGCCCAGCAGCGCCUCCUGCUGGUGACAGUGUUUGCACUCAGUGUUCGUUACCAGCCAGUGGACGUGUCUCUGGCCAUUUCCAGUGGGCUGCUCAAUGUUCUCUCUCAGCUGUGUGGAACAGACACCAUGUUGGGUCAACCCCUGCAGCUGCUACAAAAACCAGGAGUGUCCCAACUCAGCACAGCACUCAAGGUGGCUUCUACUCGCCUGCUGCAGAUAUUGGCUAUAAGCACCGGCACAUAUGCAGACAAACUAAGCCCCAAGGUGGUCCAGUCUCUGCUGGACCUACUCUGCAGUCAACUCAAGAACCUGUUGUCUCAGGCAGGAGUUAACCUUCUGUCUUCUGAAAAAGAGCUGGAGGACAACAAACACGAGGACAGUGCAGACACAGAAAAGAAAGAUUUGAGAGCUUUGAUUCGUAAACAGCACACUGCAGAGCUGCACCUUGGAGACUUCCUAGUCUUCCUCAGGAGAGUAGUGUCCUCCAAAGCCAUCCAGUCUAAAAUGGCCUCUCGCAAAUGGACUGAAGUACUGCUCAAUAUCGCUGCACAGAAAUGCUGCUCAGGAGUCCCUCUAGUGAGAAAUCUGAGAACUCGACUCUUGGCUCUUCAUGUCCUAGAGGCUGUUUUACCUGCUUGUGAGGCUAAUAUGGAGGAUGACCAGAUCACACAGGUUGUUGAGCGCCUGUUCUCCCUGCUUUCUGACUGCAUGUGGGAAGCACCCAUUGCUCAAGCGAAACACUCAAUCCAGGUUAAAGAGAAGGUUCAAGAACUUAAACUACAGGGAGAUGCAGAGGAGGAGGAUGAAAACCUCCCGGUUCAGGAAGUGUCAUUUGAUCCAGAAAAGACUCAGUGUUGUGUGGUGGAGAACGGCCAAGUGCUGACACAUGGCAGUGGGGGUAAAGGCUACGGCCUCGCCUCAACUGGCAUCUCCUCUGGAUGUUACCAGUGGAAGUUUUAUAUUGUGAAGGAGAAUCGAGGCAAUGAGGGCACAUGUGUAGGCGUUUCACGAUGGCCCGUGCAUGACUUCAACCACCGCACGACGUCAGAUAUGUGGCUCUACCGGGCGUACAGUGGAAACCUAUAUCACAAUGGGGAGCAGACGCUGACGCUGAGCAGCUUCACUCAGGGAAACUUCAUCACCUGUGUCUUAGACAUGGAGGCCAGAACCAUCUCCUUUGGUAAAAAUGGAGAGGAGCCAAAGCUGGCGUUUGAGGAUGUGGAUGCCACAGAACUUUAUCCCUGUGUGAUGUUCUAUAGCAGUAACCCAGGAGAGAAGGUUAAGAUUUGUGACAUGCAAAUGAGGGGAACACCUCGUGACCUUUUACCUGGUGACCCAGUCUGUAGCCCCAUGGCCACUGUCCUGGCUGAGGCCACCACACAGCUGAUACGGAUCUUACAUCGCACUGACCACUGGACCCAUCGUAUCAACAAAAUAAUGAUUGGACGGCUCCACAAGAUCAAGUCUUGCUUUAGAGAGUCAGCUAGUGCAUCUAGUGCUGGUUGUGGCCAAAGACUUAAAAAAAGUCGCUCGGUGCAGAGCCGCGAGGAGCAUGAUGCUCAAAGAGAAAGCCAAGAACCACCCACAAAGACAGAGGAAGAACGAGGUCGACACGUGCGGCAGCACGGCCUGGGGGAGCUGUCGGAGCACCACCUCAGAAUGCUGUGCACAGAGGUGUGGCCAGUCCUGGCUGUGAUUGGGGGAGCAGAUGCAGGCCUUCGUGUUGGCGGCCGAUGUGUCCACAAGCAGACUGGACGCCAUGCUACUCUUCUGGGCGUGGUGAAGGAAGGCAGCACCUCAGCCAAGGUGCAGUGGGACGAAGCUGAGAUCACCAUCAGCUUCCCAACUUUCUGGUCACCUAGCGACACCCCGUUGUACAACCUGGAACCCUGUGAGCCGCUGCCCUUCGACGUGGCUCGCUUCCGUGGCCUCACCGCCUCGCUGCUCUUGGAUCUCACCUACCUUACCAGCAUCCAUGAUGAAACCACCGCCAAGCUCAGUGCAAGGCGCCACGACAAGAAGCAUCGCAAUGCUGCAUCUACAGGCCAUGGGCCAAGCGCUACCGAGGACAGGGCAGAUACUGAUGGCCGUAACGAACAGAAAGAUAGCGGUGCGGUCUCUGCUGGUGCUGCUCCAAAUACAAUGACAUCUGACCUCCGAGUGUCGCACAGUCUGGACGAGGUCAAAGCACAUGUGGCACCUAACUCAAAGUCAGAGGGUGAGAUCUCCUCUGUGGCUGGUGGUGGGGUAGGUGGGAAUGAGUCAUUUUUCACCACAUCGGCUCACACUCCUUGUGAUGGCAACCGGAAGAAAGGCCAUGAGCACGCCUCCCGCAGUCAUGAGCCUUCUCCUCCCUCCUUUUCCACUCAGUCAGAGGUCCAUGCUGUGCAGUUGUCCUACCUAUACCUUGGAGCCAUGAAGGCGCUCAGUGCCCUGCUUAGCUGCAGCAAAUAUGCUGAGCUGCUUCUAAUACCAAAGGUGUUGCCAGAAGCAGCUCCCAGCGGGCACAAUGCUGAUCUAAACGCCAGCACAGGUGGAAGCACAGUUGCCUCCUCUCCAGUGUGCCAGGAGGAGGUGGAGUUGCGAGCAGCUCUGCAGUUUCUCAUGCGUCAUAUGGUGAAGCGGGCAGUCAUGCGCUCCCCGAUCAAGCGCGCCUUGGGCCUAGCAGACCUGGAGAGGGCACAGGCCAUGAUCUACAAGCUAGUUGUGAAUGGGCUGUUGGAGGAGUCCAGUGGGGGGAAAGUCAAGUCUGGAAUGCGAAGUGAACCAGAGGGUGAAGGGGAAGGUACUGAGGGUGAGCAGCUGGCACAAACCCCAGUCACUACCAGUCCUUCUGCCUCCAGUACCACCUCCUUUAUGAGCUCCUCACUAGAGGACACCACCACUGCUACCACACCUGUCACCGACACGGAGACUGUACCAGCCUCGGAGUCUCCAGGGGUUAUGCCUCUCAGCCUUCUCAGGCAAAUGUUCUCCAGCUACCCAACCACUACCAUGGUUCCAGCCCGUCGAGCCCAGACCCCACCAGUAUCAUCUCUACCCACCUCUCCCUCAGACGAGGUUGGCCGACGGCAGAGUCUCACGUCCCCAGACUCCCAGCCCAGCAGACCACAGAACAGAACAGGCACCUCUCUGUCAGACCCCAGCAGCCGGCUGUCGACUUCACCCCCCCCUCCUGCCAUUGCUGUGCCCUUGUUGGAGAUGGGCUUCUCUCUGCGCCAGAUCACCAAAGCUCUGGAGGCCACAGGUGCUCGAGGAGAAGCUGAUGCUCAGAACAUCACUGUGCUGGCUAUGUGGAUGAUAGAACAUCCAGGAACAGAGGACGAGCACGACGAGAGUCACACUAGAGCCAACAGUGUACGAGGUGAUGGGUCCGAAUCUUCCUGUCCAGGUGCAACUGCUGGAGGCAAAUCUUUGGACAGAAGCUCAUAUUUGUGUUCUCCUGGAGACAUAGCCAGUGCAGACGCUUCAGAGUUCGAGGAGGGUUUCAGUGAGAGUCCUGAGACCAUGGAGCAGGACAGUGCAUCAGCCUCCAGUGGUGCUCCUCUCAGAGGACGCUCUAUCGGUAGGAAGCAUCGCUUCGACCUGGCUGCACGCACGCUGCUAGCUCGCGCCGCUGGAGUUUACCGCUCAGUGCAGGCCCACCACAGCCAGUCACGCCGGGAGGCCUCAUCCCUCCAACAACAACAAGACCCAGGUGCCCUUUAUGACUUCAACCUGGAUGAAGAGCUGGAGAUGGACCUGGAUGAGGAAACGAUGGAGGCCAUGUUUGGACAGGAGCUUGCCAGUGACACGGACAUUCUGGGAAUGUGGAUCCCGGAGGUACUGGACUGGCCAACAUGGCAUGUAUGUGAGGCAGAUGAUCGCGAUGAAGUGGUCGUGUGCGAACUGUGUGAGGCUACUGUGGCCAACUUUAAUCAACAUAUGAAAAAGAGCCACCCAGGGUGCGGCCGUAGUGCCAACAGGCAAGGCUACCGCAGCAAUGGGUCCUACGUGGACGGCUGGUUUGGAGGUGAAUGUGGGAGCGGAAAUCCCUACUACCUUCUGUGUGGUGGCUGCAGAGAGAAGUAUUUAGCCAUCAAAAGCAAAGCCAAAGUUCCUAUUGUGGAGAGGUAUAAAGGACAGGCUCCUGACCUCCUGGGAAAGCAGGACAGUGUCUAUGAAGAGGACUGGGACAUGCUUGAUGUUGAUGAAGACGAGAAGCUGACUGGCGAAGAGGAGUUUGAGCUCUUGGCCGGCCCAUUAGGUCUGAGCGAGCGCAGGAUCGUUCCUGAAGCUGUCCAGUUCCCUGAUAGUGACCCACUGGGAGCAUCUGUUGCCAUGGUGACAGCCACCAACAGUAUGGAGGAGACCCUGCUUCAGAUAGGCUGUCAGACGUCAGUGGAUAAGAGCUCCUCAGGCAGGGUCACCCUUGGGGAGCAGGCAGCAGCUCUGCAAAACCCUCAUGACCGUGUAAUGGCACUAAGGAGGGUGACCGCUGCGGCGCAGGUGCUGCUGGCUCGAACCAUGGUGAUGCGAGCCCUGUCUCUGCUGUCUGUCAGUGGCUCAAGCUGCAGUCUUGCCGCAGGUUUGGAGUCUCUUGGUUUGACUGACAUCAGGACUCUUGUCAGGCUGAUGUGCCUAGCGGCAGCAGGCCGUGCUGGUCUUUCCACGAGUCCUACAACAGGUUCUGGCCAUGCUGAAAGGCCUCGUGGGGCCACCAAAGCCAGCAAACCCAUAUCCUGCCUGGCUUACCUCAGCACAGCAGUAGGCUGCCUGGCCUCCAACAGUCCCAAUGCUGCCAAACUACUGGUGCAGCUUUGUACUCAGAACCUCAUCUCAGCAGCUACAGGCAUGAACCUGACUACAGUUGAUGAUCCGAUCCAGCGGAAAUUCCUUCCCAGCUUUCUGCGUGGAGUUACGGAAGAAAACAAGCUCAUCACCUCACCCAACUUCGUGGUCACACAGGCCUUGGUGGCCUUACUGGCAGACAAAGGAGCCAGACUCAGGCCGGUGUAUGACAAAGCUGACAUGGAGAAACGAGGUCUAAUUGCGCAUUUGUAUGCCCAUCCUUCCCAUAAUCCUUCCGCUGUAGGGCCUCUGGAGCUGGCCAACGCUCUGGCGGCCUGCUGCCUGUCCUCCAGGCUUUCCUCCCAGCACCGCCAGUGGGCUGCCCAGCAGCUGGUGCGCACACUUGCUGCCCACGAUCGUGACAACACCCAAAACCGACCGCAAACCUUUGCUGACAUGGCAGGGGACCUGCGAAAGUGCUCCCUGAUUAAGCUAGAGGCUCAUCAAAGCAGGGUCAUUACAUGCAGUUGGAGCUCUAAGAAAGGCCUGUUGGCCACUAGUGGCAGUGACGGCACCGUCAGGGUGUGGAAUGUAACCAAGAACCAGUACACCCUCCAGCAGACCUGUGUCUUCAACAAAGAUGAUGGCUCUUUGGAGGAGGGCAUGUCAGGUUUGGGGUCUCCCAGUGACCCUUGCUUGUCUCCUCUGGCCUGGAGUGUCACUGGAAAAUAUAUGGCUUCUGCCAUGGAGAAAAUGGUCAACAUCUGGCAAAUUAAUGGUGGUAAGGGCCUUUUGGAUGUUCAGCCUCACUGGGUGUCAGCUUUGGCUUGGCCUGAGGAGGAGGCAGAGUCCCUGUGGUGUGGAGAACCCAAGGACAUGCUGCUGGUGGGACGAAUGGAUGGGUCCCUGGGCCUCAUCGAAGUCCUGGAUGCGUCCAGUAUGCACCGCACCGAGCUGGAGCACUGCUACAGGAAGGAUGUGGCAGUGAUGCACAUCGCUUGGUACAGUGAAGACAAGCCUUUCGUUGUGGGCUAUGCAGAUGGAAAGCUACUGAUUGGAUCCAAAGAACCCUUAGAAAAGUCUGCCAUUGUGGUCAUUGAUGCACAUAAGGAGUCUGUCACCAGCAUGAAGUGGAGUCCUAACGGUCAGAUCUUGUUGACCUGUGCCAAAGAAGAGACGGUGAAGCUGUGGGCCAGCCAAGACUCUCAGUCCGAUACAGGCUGGAACUGCCUGCAGAGACUUCGACACCCAGCCCCGGUUAACGCUGUGGCCUGGUGCGGCCUCCCUGGACGAGGGCCCAAGCCCCAGAGCUUGUUAUCCAUAUGCUGCCAGAAUGGUUUGAUCUCAGUCUGGACUGUUCCUCAAGACAUUGCUAACUUCCCAGAGUCCUGUUACUCUGACUCAGAGGGAUGGUGGGAGAAUGAAGCCAAACCAAAGUUCAUGUCUUCUCGUUGGUCGGAAGAUGGAGCAGCAUGUGUUUUCCAGCUCAAGGGCCACAUCACUCCAGUCAAAACACUGGCCUUCAGCCCUGACGGUCUGGCCCUGGCAUCUGGAGGGGUAGGAGGCCUCAUGAACAUCUGGUCCCUGCGGGAUGGUUCCGUGCUGCAGACUGUAGUAGCUGGUUCAGGAGCAAUCCAGAACAUAGUCUGGAUCCCAGAUGUGGGGGUUGCUUUGUGCUCUAACAGGUCAAAGGAUGUACUGGUUGUGAAUUGUUCCAAAGAGUUCAUGGCGUCCAACCAUGUACUGGCCACCUGCCGCACAGCACUAAAGAAACAGGGCGUAGUUGGGCUGAACAUGGCGCCGUGUAUGAGGGCCUUCCUGGAGAGACUGCCCGUCAUGCUGCAGGAGCAGUACGCGUAUGAGAAGCCUCAUGUUGUAUGUGGGGAGCAGCUGGUCCACAGCCCCUACAUGCAGUGCCUUUCCUCUCUAGCUGUGGGUCUUCACCUAGACCACCUCCUGUGCCGUCCCCCUGUGCCUCCGACUCUGCGACACUGUCCCCCUGAGUCUGGAACCUGGAGUCCCAGUGAGUGGGCCUGGUUGGACUGUUUCUCCACGACAGUCAAGACGGCGGAAGCACUUGCUCGAGGUGCCAGCUUCCCUGAAUCCUUCUCUGUGCCUGACCUGGAGCCUGUGCCCAAAUAUGAAAUGGCUCUUCUUAUGGACAACAGUAAAUGGUUGUCUGGUAUGGAUGAACAGAUCAUGUCUUGGGCCACCUCAAAACCAGAGGAUUGGCACCUUGGAGGAAAGUGUGAUGUGUAUUUGUGGGGUGCUGGGCGUCAUGGGCAGCUGGCAGAGGCAGGUAGAAACAUUCUGGUGCCAACAACUGCCCCGUCCUUCUCUCAGGCACAACAGGUUGUGUGUGGUCAAAACUGCACUUUUGUGAUCCAGCCCAAUGGGACAGUGUUGGCCUGUGGAGAAGGCAGCUACGGUCGCCUGGGACAAGGCAACUCUGAUGACCUGCAUGUGCUCACUGUCAUCUCCGCUCUUCAAGGCUUUGUAGUGACUCAGCUGGUGACUUCCUGUGGCAGCGAUGGCCACUCCAUGGCUCUGACAGAGAGUGGAGAGGUAUUUAGCUGGGGUGACGGGGACUAUGGUAAGCUGGGCCACGGGAACAGCGACCGUCAGCGGCGACCCAGACAGAUUGAGGCUCUGCAAGGAGAGGAAGUGGUGCAGAUGUCCUGUGGGUUUAAACAUUCGGCAGUGGUCACAGCUGAUGGGAAGCUUCUCACAUUUGGCAACGGUGAUUACGGCCGACUGGGCCUAGGAAACACCUCCAACAAGAAGCUGCCAGAGAAGGUCACUGCUCUGGAGGGCUACCAAGUUGGACAGGUGGCCUGUGGGCUGAACCACACUUUGGUCGUCUCUGCUGAUGGAAUGACCGUUUGGGCUUUUGGUGACGGAGACUACGGUAAACUGGGUCUGGGCAAUUCCACAGCCAAGUCUUCACCUCAGAAAGUCGACGUGCUGUGUGGAAUUGGCAUCAAAAAAGUGGCUUGUGGAACCCAGUUCUCUGUGGCUUUGACCAAAGAUGGCAAAGUGUUUACGUUUGGCCAAGACCGCCUGAUUGGUUUACCAGAGGGCCGAGCCAGGAACCACAACCGACCCCAGCAGGUGCCGGCGCUGUUGGGCGUUCACGUGGAGGAUGUAGCUGUCGGAGCUGAACACAGUCUGGUGCUGUCCUCCACAGGAGACGUCUACACCUGGGGCAGCAACUCAGAGGGGCAGCUUGGUCUGGGCCACACAAACCAUGUGAGGGAACCCACACUGGUGACGGCUCUGCAGGGCAAAAGCGUCCACCAGGUUUCUGCCGGCCGCUGCCACAGUGCUGCAUGGACGGCGCCCUCUGUUCCGCCGCGAGCACCAGGCUCAUCAGUUCCUCUCCAGCUGGGUUUGCCUGUGGCAGUGCCGCCGCAGUACAACGGGCUGAAAGAAGUGAGCAUUGAAGCAGUGCGAGCGCGUCUACGCCUCCUCUACCACUUCUCUGACCUAAUGUACUCGUCAUGGAGGCUGCUCAACCUCAGCCCCAACAACCAGAGCUGCACCUCCCACUACAAUGCAGGCACCUGGGGCAUUGUCCAGGGACAGCUCAGACCGCUGUUGGCUCCCAGGGUGUACACCUUGCCUAUGGUGCGGUCCAUAGGCAAGACCAUGGUGCAGGGAAAGAACUAUGGUCCUCAGAUCACGGUCAAACGAAUCUCCACACGGGGCCGAAAGUGUAAACCGAUCUUCGUGCAGAUUGCUCGUCAGGUUGUGAAGCUGAAUGCCUCAGACCUUCGACUGCCCUCGAGGGCCUGGAAGGUCAAACUGGUGGGAGAGGGAGCAGAUGAUGCAGGCGGGGUCUUUGACGACACCAUCACAGAGAUGUGUCAGGAGCUGGAGACAGGAGUGGUGGAUCUGCUCAUACCCUCCCCCAACGCCACAGCAGAGGUCGGCUACAACAGAGACAGGUUCCUUCUUAACCCGUCCGCCUGCCUGGAUGAGCACAUGCUCCAGUUUAAGUUUUUGGGCAUUCUUAUGGGUGUCGCCAUCCGCACCAAGAAGCCGCUGGACCUGCAUCUGGCUCCUCUGGUGUGGAAGCAGCUGUGCUGCAUCCCGCUGAUGCUGGAGGACCUGGAGGAAGUGGACCUCCUCUAUGUGCAGACACUCAAAAGCAUUCUUCACAUUGAAGACAGCGGCAUCACUGAGGACAAUUUCCAUGAGAUGAUUCCUCUGGAUUCCUUUGUCGGGCAGAGUGCAGAUGGUAAAAUGGUGCCUAUUAUCCCGGGAGGAAACAGCAUCCCGCUCAGCUUCUCCAACAGGAAGGAAUACGUGGAAAGGGCCAUCGAGUACAGGCUGCAUGAAAUUGACCGACAGGUGGCAGCCGUGCGUGAAGGCAUGUCCUGGAUCGUGCCGGUCCCGCUGCUGUCGCUGCUGACGGCCAAGCAGCUGGAGCAGAUGGUGUGCGGGAUGCCUGAGAUCUGCUGCGACGUGCUGAAGAAGGUGGUGCGCUACCGAGAGGUGGACGAGCAGCACUCGCUGGUGCAGUGGUUCUGGCAGACCCUGGAGGAGUUCUCCAACGAGGAGCGAGUCCUCUUCAUGCGCUUCGUUUCCGGACGCUCGCGGCUUCCGGCCAACACGGCCGACAUCUCGCAGAGGUUCCAGAUCAUGAAGGUGGACAGGCCCUACGACAGCCUGCCCACCUCUCAGACCUGUUUCUUCCAGCUGCGUCUGCCGCCGUACUCCAGCCAGGCCGUCAUGGCCGAGCGGCUGCGCUACGCCAUCAACAACUGCCGCUCCAUAGACAUGGACAACUACAUGCUGUCCCGUAACGUGGACAACGCGGAGGGCUCGGACACGGACUACUGACGCAGGCAGAUCUAGGAUCAGACUGGGGGCACACACACACACACACACACACACACACACACACACACACACACACAGUCACCAUGGAACAUGAGCAGAUUGGACACGUUUUACUUCAGUUUUAUGUACUUUAAACAGCAGCUUUUCAUUUCUUCUUGUGGUUUAUUAGCAGUUUUUAAUGACACAAAUCCACACGAGAAGUGCAUCUAGUGUUGAUUCUCUCAUUACUCCACAUCCCAUUUUCAGGGUCUCUGCAUUGAGGUUAGGUUUGUGUGGAAAUGUGUACAGAAUAUUCGAGCUGAGAGUGAAGGGGGAAAAAAGAAUAUUGUACAUUGUGUAAAAUGCUUCAUUACAAAAAUGUUUUCCAUAUUUAUUGUUUUUGCGGAUGUCGAGUUUCCCACAGCAUAAGAAAAUGACAAUAAAUGCUGCAUAACUGA